CUAUCCUCUGACUCCUGUGAGUUUAGCCAGCUGUCAGUUUACUGCUGCUAUUUUUACUCACGUUUGGUGUCACUAUUUAUUUAUUAAAGCAUUUAUAAAGCAAGAAGUUGUACGUCAAAAUGCCCAAAGGAGGUAAGAAGGGUGGCCACAAGGGGCGCAUGCGCACUUACACCAGCCCGGAGGAGAUCGACGCGCAGAUGAAAGAAGAGAAGGAGAAACAGCAUGAACAAGAGGGGCAGGAUGAAGGAGCAGCUCAGAAAGACACGACAGAGGAGAAACUCCCAGGAUCUGGUUCAGAAGAAAGUGAUGAUGAGGAUUCUCAGAGGAGGAGGGCUGGAGUAGAGGGCUUAAUAGAAAUUGAAAACCCUAACAGAGUGGCUCAGAAGGCCAAGAAGGUUACACAGAUCGAGCUGGAUGAGCCCCGGCAGUUAUCAAGGAGAGAGAGAGAAGAGAUCGAGAAAGCGAAAGCGAAAGAGCGCUACAUGAAGAUGCACUUGGCAGGAAAGACCGACCAGGCUAAAGCUGACCUCGCUCGUCUCGCCAUCAUCAGGAAACAGAGGGAUGACGCCGCAAAAAAGAAAGAACAAGAGAAAAAAGCAAAAGAAGCAGCAGCGGCAGCAACUAGAGGAAUAAACUCCCUCUCGUUGAAAUGAUGCAGAGUAUUUACCAGAAGCAUUUUCACUUGUUCAUGGACUGGCCCAUUAUAUAUAUAAUAUAUAUAAAUAUUUUUAAAGGAAGUCCGAUAAAGACUAUUUGACAUUACUCAUAACUAUGAACAUUGGGAAAAUGACAGAGGAAAUGCCAGUGGGGAGAGGGCUUGUUUACCAUACUUUUUGGAAUGGAUUAUUGGCCUCGGUGCCUCCAGGAACUAAAGCUGCAAAUGAGAACGCACUGGUGUUCGCAAACACUUGGAACUAAGAUAAUGAUCUUGAUCAUAUCAUUCUUGCAUUGUGCAAUUCCAACUUUGCUUAUUAAGCUUUGCCACUAUUUUAUUUAAUUUCUUUGGGAACUUUCAUUGUACAUAAGGAACUCAUGAAAAUAUUUCAGAUGAAUACGAUGAAACUGAUCAAAUCUGUCUUGUUUAUUAAUUUGCUCGAUUUCAUGAGACAAAACCUGUGAUGUUGGCACCAUUUCAGAUCAAACUGUUACACAUUACACUUGUUUUCAGCUUCUUCA